AUGACUCUAAUUACAAGCUCUACAAUGAGAUCCAGUCGCUCAUUUAGCUUCAAAUGUGCUACACAUGAACGAGAUAGGGAAAUUUACUCAAUCAAUGACUUUCAUGUUGUGACUAAAGAGAAGCCGUUCCUCAAAAAAAUGAUAGAAAGUAUUGCAAUAAAGAUGAUUCCACAUCAUCGUGAUCGAAAAUACUAUACAGACACGUUCAAGUGCUGGCCACCUCCUUAUUUUAUCAUGCUGGUUUCAACAAUCGAAGUGAUAUUCUUCUUUUAUCAUCUCAUUACUAAUCAAACGAAUUCAAGUGUUCCUAUUGACUCAAUUUUCAUCUAUCGACCUGAUAAAAAGCAUGAAGUUUGGAGGUUUUUACUUUACAUGCUUCUUCAUGCUGGCUGGUUCCAUUUAUCAUUCAACUUAAUUGUGCAAGUUUUAAUUGGCAUACCACUCGAAAUGGUCCACGGAUCUAGUAGAAUAGCAUGUAUAUAUUUAUCUGGCGUUUUAGCUGGUUCUCUAGGAACUUCAAUUUUUGAUUCAAAUGCUUAUUUAGUGGGAUCCAGUGGCGGAGUUUAUGCCUUACUCGCUGCUCAUCUUGCCAAUAUCAUGUUGAAUUAUAGUAAUAUGGAGUACGGCAUUUAUAGAUUACUAGCGAUUCUUUUGUUUGCUUCUUGUGAUGUUGGAUUUGCAAUAUAUUCACGAUACGAAAGUGAACCAUCGUUUUCGACGUCACUUCCAUCAGUUUCAUUUGUGGCUCAUAUCGCAGGUGGAAUAGCUGGUCUCACAAUUGGCCUUAUUGUUUUGAAAAAUUUCGAACAAAAACUUCACGAACAACUUUUAUGGUGGAUUGCAUUAGGAAUUUACUUAGCAUGCAUUAUAUUUGCAAUAAUCUUCAAUAUCGUCAAUUCAAACACGAAUAAUUUCAAUCUAAGUGAUGAAAGUGAUUCUCCAGUGAUGAUACUAAAAGAGCACCAAAACUUUUAA